UGUCUACUAUGAUGCUCUAUAAAUGUGUGACACUCUUUAUGUUUGAAUGUCCAGCUUGGAUUGAUGUGGGCUAAUGUCAUAGCAACUAUGCAGGCAAAAAGUGGGUCGAGUGUAGUUCGAGGUCAUGAGGCCAAGAAAUCAAAAUGCGUUACAGUUAACGCCGUCAUUGUCGUAUUGGUAGCCACAAUGAUUAUUACGCAGUUUCUUGAAUUUGAAAGGAAAUCCAAUGUCUUUUCAAUAAAAAUCCGAAACAAAGAAAGCUGUGCAGAGCUACAGAAAUCUGAAUCCAAGAGAUCGGAAUUUCAGCAAGUGAAAUCGUCUCUAAAACUAGAGAACGAUCAAUUAGCGAGCGAGUUAGGUACUCUUCGCACAAGGCUGGAGGACGCUGCCAAAUGUUUCCCCAAUAGUAGUGACAAAUUGGAGGUGGGGGACUCGCAUUUAGCUUGUCUGGAAGAAGUACUUGUGCUCGGAAAGAAAAAAAUAGUUCCGACUCACAGCAAUGAUGAAGAUGUGGCCUUGGCUAACUGCAGUGAAGAGAUACAGAAGCAGAGGGAUCAGAUUGGAGCUCUGAAGCGAGAAAUGGACGUUCUGGGCGACCAUUUGCGACGGUCUGUUGAUUUUUUGCCGUUACGGGACGUAAAUAUGGGAUCCAUAUAUGAAGAGGAUCGGACCUGGUUCAUGAGCACAGUGCGGGAAAGAUCAGAAAAUGGAAACCCUGAGCUGUCUUAUUUCCCUUCGGAGGGUUCUAACGGGAAAAUCCUGUGCCUUAAGGGCGGGAACAGGAGCAACGGCACUCUCAAUUCGUAUGCAUUCGCAUGGCCAAAUUACCUGCCGCCUAAUUCCAGUCUUGUUGCAGGGCUCUCCUUGAUAUCCGACAGCUUUUAUGAUUAUAUAAAUCCAUGGCACGGUAUGAGCACUUUGGUUGUCGCCGCGUCAUGGCGAAUGGAGAACCAGUGUGAGGCGCCUCAAAGAUUUGUUCUUUAUCACAAGGGAGAGAUAGUAACGUCAAUGGGAUCCUAUAUUUCCAGUGUGUUGCUUGCUGCUUUGGACCGUCAAGUGCAAGUACAGGAAUUAGGGGAUACGCCUCUCUGUUUUGAAAAGGCUGUGGUGUACCGCAGAGGCCUAGGGCACAUGUCGUUGCCAAAAAGAAUCGCGAUGUUCGACAUGAUCCGUUGCAAAGCACGGAAAUUCUGCAAAAUAGCUGAAAGCCAGCGGAUCAUCGAGGGGAUUCGAACUAUAAACGUCACUCUUUUUUCCCGAACCGGGGCAAGGUCAUUUAAGAACGAAUCUCUUGUGGCGUCGGUGGUUGCAGGGGAAUGCAACAAGGUCCCCGGCUGCAAAUUUCGCCUUCUUCGCUCUGUCAAUCUAAGCUUUUGUGAACAGGUGGAAGCCAUGAGCAGGACUGACAUAUUGGUUAGUGUUCAUGGAGCGCAGUUAACAAACAUGAUUUUUAUGGAGAAAGGGAGUAGCGUGAUGGAGAUGUUCCCCAAGGGUUGGUUGGAAGGGGCGGGCGUGGGGCAGUACGUUUUUCAUUGGUUAGCAAGCUGGACGGGGAUGAAUCAUGAGGGCACUUACAGGGAUUCUGAAGGUCCCGAUUGCCCCAAUCCCCAGGAACAGACCCUCUGCUUUUCGUUUCACAAAGAUCGCCAGGUGGGACACAACCAAACGUUUUUGGCACAAUGGACUUCUGAGGUGCUUACAAAGUUUCAGAAUAGGACUUCCUUUGAAACUUCCCAACCAAGCACCUGCCCCUGCACUUAACUACAUUUGGAAAGGUUGUUUAAAAUUGUUUGUAAAUCAGGAGAGCUCUGUAUCUUUCCAGCUAUUAUAUUCCUAAAUUUCAGGUUUCUCUAUGAACAACAAUAAACCGCGGAUGUAUGAAUCAGCGCAAUUGUUGUUUA